CUGGGCCCAGGGCGUCCUCCAGGACUUACCCAGUAGGCAACGCUUUGCUCUCGGGUCAAAAUGGCGAGCAGGCCUGCGGUUGCAGCAUCAGGCCGGUGGCUGAAGGGUAUUCGAAAAUGGUAUUACAAUGCUGCAGGGUUCAAUAAACUCGGGUUAAUGCGAGAUGAUACAAUAUAUGAGGAUGAAGAUGUGAAAGAAGCCAUAAGAAGGCUUCCUGAGAACCUUUAUAAUGACAGGAUGUUUCGCAUUAAGAGAGCACUAGACCUGACCAUGAGGCAGCAGAUCUUGCCUAAAGAGCAGUGGACAAAAUACGAGGAGGAUAAAUUUUACCUUGAACCAUAUCUGAAAGAAGUUAUUCGGGAAAGAAAAGAGAGAGAAGAAUGGGCAAAGAGAUAAGUGUGUGAUUGAAAUCUGUGGAUGCAGCUGUCUUCAAAGUAUUUUUAUGAAGUCGGUUAAACCUGAAAUGUAUAAGUUAAGAACCAUUGGGGCUGCAGUUGUAUUACUUUAAAUAAAUAUCUAUUGUAAUCUU